CUUCUCUUGGGGCCUUCGAUAUUCUUGCGCGGCGCAAUCCCAACCAACUUCAGAGAGAGAGAGGGAGGUUUUCCAUGGCGGCGGCGGCGGAGGACGGCGGCGUGGCCCGGCAGGCGGAGCUCCGGCGCGCCGAGGGCAACGCGUGCUUCCGCAAGGCCCGCCUCGGCGCCGCCAUCGACUGCUACACCGAGGCGAUUGCGCUGUGCCCCGGCGUCGCGGUCUACUGGGUGAACCGGGGCCUCUGCCACUUCCGCCGCAAGGACUGGGCCAGGGUCGAGGAGGACAGCCGGAUGGCGCUCGCGCUCGACGACGCCUCCGUCAAGGGACACUAUCUGCUAGGGUGCGCUCUGCUCGAGAAGGAGGACUGCGCUCUCCCCGUCAAGGAGUUCGAGAAGGCUUUGGAUCUCUUGAAGUCUUCAAAUUCAAGGGACAAAAUGGCGGAGGACAUUUGGCAGGUUCUUGCCAAGGCCAAGUACCAACACUGGGAAAAGCACUCCACUCAGCGAGUUUGGAAGAUGCAAAGUUUAAGGGAAGCUUGCGAAAAUGCUCUGCAGGAGCAUCACUUUCUUAGCGGUACUCUUUCAGAAGACUCUGAGGGGACAACCAAUGAGUAUCCAGAGCAAUGCAAAUUGUUAUCCGAAGUCUUCACAAACGCUAUACUUGCUGAUACGCCAGGAGAUGUGCCCGACUACCUUUGCUGUCAAAUAACUUUUGAGAUUUUUAGAGAUCCAGUUAUCACACCCAGUGGUGUAACAUAUGAGAGGGCCAUACUGCUUGAGCAUCUCCACAAGGUGGGUAAUUUCGACCCGGUGACACGGGAGCCCUUGAAGGAGCAUCAGUUGGUUCCGAAUCUCGCCAUCAAGGAAGCAGUGCAAGCCUACCUCAAGGAGCACAGCUGGGCCUACAAGUCGAACUGAAGCUGUCCUGUUACCGCUUAAGUGCUAACAAGAUGUGUUGAUAGUAUCUGAGUUGCAAAGGGGGAUCCAUUCUUCACUUUUGUGUUGAGCUGAUUGAUUCUUGAGUAAAUCCUAAUGAACACUUGGCAAUUGUACAUAACCAGCCAACACAGUGGAAGCUAAAGCAGCUUGCUUGACCUGUGAUUCUCUGUAGCAGUUCGCCUAUAGGAUAGUCAUUUUCAGUGCUAGGUCUCUAAGAUUAGGUGGAACUUGGCUGUACACUUGAUAGUGGUUUGUGUGAUCAUGUAGAUUGAUCAUUUGUUUGGUCCAGUAAUAAUACAUUUUUUGCACUUCU